AUGGCAAACAGGAGACGUACAUACUCGGUCGCAGACGUGCAGGCUUCAGAAAUAGACCAUUCCAUCACAAAGCAGAUAGAAAGCCUGGAAACAGAGAUGGAGCUCAGGAGUGCCCAGAUAGCAGAUCUGCAGCAGAAGCUAUUGGAUGCCGACAAUGGAGACCGGGUGAAGCAACGCUGGGAAACUAUUGCAACUAUUCUAGAGGCAAAGUGUGCCCUGAAAUACCUAAUUGGAGAGCUGGUUUCCUCCAAAGUGGAGGAAAGCAAACUUCACAGCAGCCUGGAACAGAGCAAAGCUAAUUGUGCAGAUAUGCAGAAAAUGUUGCUUGAAGAGCGAAACCAGGUGGCAGAUAUAGAGGCUGAGCUCCAAAGUCAGUUGGUGAUGCAGGAGCAGCAACAUCAGGAAAAGGAUGAAGAGCUUGAGAAAAUGAGGGAACUUUGUGAGAAGAACCAAGAGCUUCUCCAGGAGAAUGAGUCCCUCAAACAGAAAUUAAUACUCCACCAAAUUGCCAGCGGACAGAAGCUCCGACACAUUCAGCAAAUGCCGACUCAGUCCCCAGAUUCUCCCUUUGAUUAUAUUCCACCCAAGCCAAAGAUUCGCCGUCAGACAACUGCAAAACCCCGUGCACAGACCCCAGAAAUGGAUGUGCAAGAGCUGUUCUCUGAAUCCGAGGAGUCUGGAGGGGAGAUGGAAGAUGCAGAGUGGGUGCCGAUAAAAGCAGCCAAAGGAUCCAAGAAAAGCCUAUCAGGGAACCAGUUGCCUUAUAACAUGUGCCCGGAACUCCUUCCUGUCCUUCUCGUGCCCUGGUCGAUGAAGGUGCAGCGGCGGCUAAAGCGGCGCUUCAGGCGGCCUCCGAUGUGGCGGACGCAGCCGCCCCUUCGAUGGCUGCGGCUGUCUCCAUGA